UCCACUUACAAGUUACAAAAGUCUCUCGUUUCACACGGAUCCUUGUUUCCUUUAUCAAGGGGCCAUCAUCAUAACCAGAAUUCAAUUCGAAAGAUCAAAAAUGAAAUUUGAAGGUUCGCAAACGCUCUUACCGGUGAGAAAACCUGCAAACUGCGGUUCCGACCGCAAACGCGCUGGUUACAAGCUUUGGGUUUUAGUAGCGGUUCUCCUCUUGGCGUUAGGUUCUAUGUUAACCGGUUCCGUCUCUCUCAAAGGACUCGGUCUGUUUCAUUCCGUUGACGGAAAGUUCGGGUUCCACGUCAGCGACGAUCUCGACGUCUUGGAAAUUGAGGAGAGAGAGAAAGUGGUGAGGCAUAUGUGGGACGUGUACGGACGCUCCGGCGGAGUUAGGGUUCCUCAGUUCUGGCGCGAGGCUUUCGAGGCGGCGUAUGAGAUCCUGGUCAGUGAUUCCGCCGCCGUUCGAAACGGGGCCAUUUCCGAUAUAGCUAAACUAUCUCUCGUUCGCUCUCUUAAGCCCGACUCUACUACGGCCCAGCCCAAUCGUCGUUGAAUUGUGAAGAUGAGAGCACACGAGAAUAGCAUAAUAUUUUCUUGUAUAUAGAAAUCAAAUAAAUGAAAAUGCAUAAAUAGCGUUUUCAUUGAAGUAUUGUUGUCUGAAAACAGUUAUGUAGCAACGAAAUGGUUGUCUAUGUAUUACAAGCAAAAUCUACUUUCAAAUCUGUUCCAAAAUAUUUACUCAAAAUAAAUAAAGGAAUUAUUUCAAGGAUU